CCACCUUUGAUGUGAAAGUCCUCGCAAACUCAAUCGUCACAACGGCUCCAGUUGUUCUCAACUACUGUACCGGAGGCAGAAUACUGGAAUCUCUGGAGCUGGGUAAUCUCGACGUUGGACAUGCAUGGCUGACCCAAUGCCACGAUGUCAGUCUCAUGCCUCGUCUCAACAGCUCCGCAAGCUCGACGGGCAUCGGCGUGAUACCCAGGCAGGGCCUGGACUGUCCUUCCUCUCUGAGAACGCCUUCAAUGCCGCAUACUGAAUCGCAUGCCUGCAGUACCUCUGUCAGAAGACUCCGCUCUCGAGGCCCCCGACCCUCUGUCGCGUCGAUAGCGGACAUCUUUGUCACGUCGCUGGUGAUAGCAGGAUUCUGUCGCGAACAUUCUCCUCGCGGGAGGGGCCUAGCGCCAAUAUCAAAACCCGGUUUGGACGAUAGAACGCCGGAUUGGCGUAGGAAGAGUACAACGAGACACAGACGUUUAUCGCUUGCGAGAGGCCUGAAUUAUUCGAGAUCUCCGGCCGAUUACUUGGCUCGACGAGGUCUGAAAACAACGAGAAUGUUUUCGACUCAAGCCGCACCAAGCCAAAACGAUGACACUGAACGACGUCCUUGGACUAUUGGACCUGAUGAUGGAUACAGAGAAGCUGCCGAUUCAGAAAGGCAGCAUCCUGAAGAAGACACUGAGAACAAACAAAAUGGAGAUGUGGAGGACUCUACACCAACCGCACCUUUACCUGCUAUCGGGAAACGAGAUGUCCUGAUACGUGAUGAAAUUUCAAUGGUCGAUGACCCAAGUCUAUCGGGAACACCUGCUGCUCCAACAGAGAUACCUUCGGACGAGGAGAUAUCGAGACCGGACACUAUACGUACAGAAUCAAUUCCGGAAGCAUAUGGGAAGACAGCAGGGAUCAAUUCCCAUGAUCAACAGCGUGCUCGAUCUGAGAAGAGUUCCUCGAAUGAGUCUUAUACCUCAACCUCUGCCGCCAGUCCCAAGAUGGGCAAAAAGGACACAUCUCGAGAUAUGAUUGAAAACCCAGCAGUUGAGCGGUUCGUUGCUGCAUUAUGGGACGAAACUAAGUCGACUCAGUAUAUUUUCAGACUAUAUAGGGAGAUUCCCUCACCGGGCGUGGCCUACCUUUCCAAGCGCUCGCGCGGUUUCUUGCUACGCCGCUUUGCAGAUCCUCCAGAUCGGCGAUGGAUAGAUGCUCGUCGUUACCUUGCCCUCAUAGAAGAUAUGAAUGCAGCUGGACUUCCCGUUUCUAGGGCGCUUUGGACCAGCGCUAUCCAUUUCGCAGGACGUGCAUCCGGUCGAGUGUUCAAAAGGGACCUGCGGAGGGCAAUUGGCAUCUGGCAUCAGAUGGAACGAGUUGCGGGUAUAGAGUCGGAUAAUGUUGUCUUCAGCACCCUUUUCGACAUAGCCAUUAAAGCUGGUCAGUAUACGGUCGCAGAUCGUCUGAUGGAGGAGAUGAAAACACGUGGUAUUCCAUUCAGGCGGUCCUUGAAAGUCUCUAAGAUCUACUACCACGGAUUCCUUCGAGACGUGGAAGGCAUCCGCCAGGCGUUCGAUGACUUCAUCAAGUCCGGGGAAAUAGUUGAUACCGUGGUCCUGAACUGUCUCAUUGUCUCUUUCCUUAGGGCUGGGGAACCUGGCACGGCCGAGCAACUAUACGAUCGCAUGAUGGAGGCACAGAAGAAAUUAGAAAAGGAGCUUCAGGCUGGCAACCAGCGUCUGCCACACCACCCGACUCUCACAUCUGAUAUGCCGACUUACCGGAAAAGGAUGAAGGAGUUGCGCAGGACGCUGAAUUUGUCAACGUCCCUCAGAGAUGAACUUCCUGAGGAGCAUCGUCUGCUACAGGCCUCCCUAUCAAUGGCUCCGGAUACGAGAACUUUUCACAUCUUUCUCUCGUAUCAUGCCUCACAGACGGGAAACUUGUUCGCAUUCAUGUCUGUUCUCAAAGAUAUGGAGCGCACCUUCGAUGUCCCUCCCCGUGCUAUGGUAUAUCUAUUUCUCUUCGAGGGUUUUGCUCGAUUCGGCCGGAAGAGAAGACAGUGGUCAGCUGAGAGACUACAAGACGUCUGGAAAUCCUACCUCCGUCUCCUGUACGAAACUAGAAUGAGUGUCAUUGACCGGACUACGUUGCGACGUGACAAACUAUUGUGGGAAAACCCGUUGAGCAAUAGCAUGGAAGAAGAAAUGAGAGAGAAGCUUUUGAAGAAUACCCCCAACGAACUUUAUGCACCAUUGCCUUUCCGUGAGAUGAACUCCAAGAAGCAAAGCAAAGAAGACGCUCUUGGCGAGGAAGACCAUUAUGGGACUGAUGAGACUGAAGAAGACGCUGACGAGGAUGAAGCUGAAGAGAUGCUGAAGAAUCCAAGGCAGGCUGGAGUCGAAAAGGAAUUGGGAGAACUGGAGAAGCGAAUUGAGAACGGUGUUUUCCUUGGACGCAGAGUUAUAUUGGCCAUUUUGCGCGCUUUCGGCGCUUGCAGUGGGCCUUAUGCUGUCAUGAAUGUUUGGCUACGGCUCGAACGGAUCUGGCAGCCUAAGAAGCGAAAGGCCGUCGAUGUUAUGGCCAUUAAAGACGAACUGGAGAGGCAAUUGUCUAAAGGUUCUUGGCGCUGACUGCAGUAGGAUCUCUGCUCAGCCUGGUGUAAUUGCAUAGAUCUGUUGUAUACGCCAUAUAGCUAGGAGUCUAUAUCUUCGUACUAUAUCUGUUGGCAUUUUAUGUAUAUUAACUCGCGAAAUCCCAUGUGAUCGUUAUCAAACUGGCGAUAGACUAAAUUAAUCAAAAUCAUCUGGCACGAGCGGAUAAAAGCACAGCAUCACAGGCAUGGAAAU